CACCCUUUCACGAUCAGAGACAGAUACAGUCAGCUGGAGCUUGAGGAAACAGUUAGCUGUUUUUAUAUGUCGGGGAUCUGGGACCUGUCAUUUUUGCUGCUGUGCUCAUACCAGUUUAACUUCGCCACUGUGAAGCACACUUUUGAGACUUUAACCGAGGAAAAGGGAGAAUGUAGUGUUAUUGUUGUCGUACACCUUUUAAAGCUAGUGCGCUCCUGUUGGUCAUUUCCCAAUCCCCCUCCGUGUACGCCGCUCUGCUGUCUGGAAGGACCGUAUUGUGGAUGACUGCGCUGGCGGGGAGGCGACGAGCCUGAGUCCGGGAGAGCCGAUGCUAGAAGCUUGGAAAACAUAAAAGCGGUGUAAGUCGGUGAGGAGAUGUCAGAGCGGGGAUGCCUCUUCUUCGAGACACUGUUGUAGACGAGGGUAUACACAAGUGUACACAGUAUACCUACCUCUCUGACUUUGAAUACAAACCAGCGGAACAGCUUCUCAGUCUAACAAGUAGUGAAUCAUAUAUGGAUGGUGGGGUCGCAGUAUGCCCACCCCCUCAACUACCACUACACCUCUGGCAGGAGGGAGCAUCGGCACCGGAGAAACGGAGGGGCCCAUGUCUUCUACCGCCACCCCAGCCUCCUCUCCCACCGCUUCCAUCAGCUCCUCGUUCCGGUUCGUCCCGGCUUUUUGCCUGGGCGUGGCGGCAGCAGUAGUAUUCCAGCUGGCCUGGGGAGGCCUGACCCUCACUUCUUUCUUCUUGAAGCUCUUCAUCUAUGUGUCAUUCGCCCUGCUGUGUUUCCUGGCCGGGAGUUUUGUUGUGCUUGUCAGGAAGAGUCCUCUGAAAAUCAGCUGUUUUUACAGAAACAGAACGCAGUCAGCUGCACAGUUGGACUUCUUCAACAAGCUUAUGGCUCGUUUUAUGGUGCCGGUUCAGGAGUCAAGCCAAAGCAGGAGGGUGAUGGUGUCACACAACGUGGACAAAGCACUGAAGGAAGUGUUCGACUACGCCUACAGAGACUACAUCCUCUCCUGGUACAUCCCUCUGAGUCAUGAUGAGGGCCAGUUGUACUCCAUGCUGUCAGAGGACUGGUGGCAGAUGAUCGGCCAGUUGAGAUCCAGGCUCGCUGACAUAGACCUGGUCAAUGUGGUGUGUUAUGACAGCAUCCGAAUCCUGCACACACACUUCACUGACCUCAAGGCUGCAUCUUCAAGGCCAGAGGAGUGCGCUCGGCCGUUUCCUCUCCAUCCCUGUUUAGUGAAUCCGGACUCAGAGGUGGCCUUCCUCCGCUGUGUAGCCAGAAUACUGCUGCUAUGUCUGCUGCCACAAAAGGAUGCCAAGUCACAUACACUACGGUCCUGCCUCACAGAAGUAAUCACUACCAAAGUGUUGAAGCCUUUGGUGGAAGUGCUCAGUGAUCCGGACUCCAUCAACAGAAUGUUGUUGUCUCAGCUGGAGCAGAGGGAGCAGCAGGCUGAGCAGCAGAAGAAAGCCUACACCUACGCUGCCUCCUAUGAAGACUUCAUUAAACUGAUAUCAACUUCUACUGAUGUCAAUUUCCUCAAACAACUCAGGUAUCAGAUAGUGGUAGAGAUUAUUCAUGCCACCACCAUUAGCAGCCUGCCUCAGCUCAAGAAACAGAAAGAUCGAAAGGGUAAAGAGUCAGCAGCCAUGAAGGCAGAUCUGCUAAGGGCCAGAGAUAUGAAAAGAUACAUCAAUCAACUGACCGUUGCUAAGAAACAGUGUGAGAAAAGGAUCCGCCUCCUUGGAGGACCAAACUACGAGAACAAUGAGGAAGGAACAGGUGACGAAAAUGAUGAGCCUCAAAGUCAGAAGAUCCUUCAGUUUGACGACAUCCUGUGUAAUCCGGGUUACAGGGAGCAUUUUAGAGUUUACAUGGAGAGAGUUGAUAAGAGGGCUUUAAUCAGCUUCUGGGAACUAGUGGAAACACUGAAAACUGCCAACAAGAAUGAAGUGCCCCAAAUUGUAGGGGAAAUCUACCAAAAGUUCUUUGUGGAGAGCAGGGAGAUUCCAGUGGAAAAGUUUCUUCUGAAGGAGAUUCAACAGAGUCUGGUGGGGAAUAGAGGAACACAGGUCUUUGUGAGACUACAGGAGCAGGUGGCUGAGACAAUGAGAGAACGUUACUACCCCUCGUUCCUUGUUUCUGACCUCUAUGACAGGCUGAUCAGAAGAGAUGAGCAGCAUGGCCAAUCACAAUGUAGCACUGAAGAAAAGGAAGAAGAGUGCCAGGGUCUAGAUCCUGGAGCCGAGGUGGGUGACGAGGGCAGUAAAGGAAUCAACGAGCAGGCCAGCUAUGCUGCUACUAAACUUCGCCAACUCUACGACAAACUAGAGUACAAGCGACAAGCCUUGGGCUCGAUCCAGAAUGCCCCCAAACCAGACAAAAAGAUUGUAAGCAAACUAAAGGAGGAGAUAGGAGCCAUGGAGAAAGAACACAGUGAGCUCCAGCAGCACAUCACCAGAACUGACUGGUGGUGUGAAAACCUGGGAAACUGGAGGGCUACGAUUACAACUGCAGAGGCUACAGAAGAAGGCAGUGAGACUGUAGCUUGUUACAGUGUAUGUGUUAGCUUGGCGGAGGGAGAGUCGGCAGGCAACAGUCGCUGGAGUGUCCAGAGGAAACUCACCGAAUUCCAGAUGUUGCACCGUAAACUAACUGAGUGUUUUCCAUCAUUGAAGAAACUCCAGUUGCCGUCACUGAGCAAACUUCCCUUCAAAUCCAUCGACCAGAAGUUCUUAGAGAAGAGCAAAACUCAGCUUAAUGCCUUUCUCCAGCGUCUGCUAACAGAUGAGCGUUUGUGCCAGUCAGAGGCUCUCUAUGCUUUCCUCAGCCCCUCCCCGGAGCACCUUAAGGUGAUGUCCAUUCAGAAGAAAUCCUCUUUUUCUUUGGCCUCUUUCCUGGAGAAAUUACCUGGAGAUUUCUUCUCCCACACUGAGGCUGAUGAUGACAGUGAUUUGUCAGACUACGGUGACGAGGUAGAUGGGAGGAAAGACGCCCUGGCCGAGCCUUGUUUCAUGCUCAUAGGGGAAAUCUUCGAGCUCAGAGGAAUGUUUAAAUGGGUGAGGAAAACUCUUAUUGCACUAGUCCAGGUGACGUUUGGACGAACUAUAACAAAUCCGGGACCACCGUAAAACUGGAUCUUCUCUGAGCAGAUGUUGGUGUGUUACAUCGCUGUGUUUAGGGACAAUUUUGGCCCAAAUGGGCAGUUGGCACCACAUGUUAGAGUCCGAACCGACUCUGAACGUAAUGAUACUAAGGAACGGGCUCAGCAGAAAUUACUGGAUAAUAUCCCAGAUGCUUUGGCAAAUCUGGUCGGCCAGCAGAACGCCCGUUAUGGUAUCAUCAAGAUCUUCAACGCCCUGCAGGAGGCGAGUGCCAACAAACAUCUCCUCUACGUGUUGAUGGAAAUGUUACUGAAGGAGCUGUGCCCUGAACUCAGUAUGGAGGUGGACAACGUCUGAACACACAAACAGAAACUUUGGAUGAAGCCGAGACUCUGGUUCAUCUUUUAGGCCUUUCUGUAGCUGACCAAUCAAACUGCCAAGCAUAGACGGGAACAUAAACCUCUGACAGACAAGACAGACUGACAGCAACUGUGACUGUGUUGAUAGAAAUAAUGUGAAAUAAUGAAAAGACUGACACCAGAUGGGAGGGAGAGGAUGAAAGACUUUGUUGUGGUACAGAUCUAAACAUGUAGUCUGACUUCUUCCUCUGCAAACAGCAGUGAAGCAACCACCACAAAAGAUCUGUAACACAAACUGUUGAAAUGUUUUUGUCUAUAAAUUACAAGGCUGACUACCAAUUGACCGUUUUCUCAUCAUUUUCUAGAGGUGGUAAUCUAUAGAUGAUGAUUAAAUGCAGCGAGGGACAUGUGAAAUUCAGACUUUAGUGUGUCAGUGCCCACGGACCUCUAAAAAAAAAAAACAUUCCUCCUACACACAACCUGAGCAACAACACUUGUGUUCUGUGAUUCUUGUUAAGGCUUAUAAUUGUGCAAUAUAAUGUCAUGUAAAAGUCAUUGUGAUGAUUAUUUAUGAUUAUUAUUGAUAGAUUUAUUUUUACCAAAAAUUGUUUAGGAAGCGUUUAUAUAAGCAAUAAAUUGCAAAAAAAAA